AAGAUGGCUACUAGAGAGCGUCACUAGCCACCAGCUCUACCUUAGCUAUCUAUGUCCAGACGCUGAGAGUGGCGCGCCAGCAGAGAGCAACCAUUUUGUGAGGGAAGCUAAGGAGCAUAAAAGCAGAGCAGCAGCAGCAGCAGCAGCAGCAUGGUGGGCCGGCGGGGCAGACCGCCCAAGAGGAAGGUGGAGGAGCUGCAGGAAGACCACGAUGGAAAAUCAAAGUCUGCCAAGGAGGCCAAGAUUGAGGCCAUCUCCCUGGACGCCUCUGAGCCGGCACACAUCGCCCUGCUGUCCCUCACCUCGGAGGCCUGGAGGCACAACGACGAAUCUGAGGAGUGGAGUGAAGACCACGCCUCAAGGGUUUCUGAAGCUGAGAAGGGGAAGGGAGGCACUCUGAGCCAAGGCAUCUGCUGGAGGGGCAUCCCAGACCCUCCUCCCUCACAGGUGGUUUUGAGCUGCAGAAGAGUGGCCAGUGGUGAGGAGUUUGACUGUGAGACUCAGACCUUCCACUUCACCCAUGUGUCCACCAGCAAGGUGGUGGUGGUGCCAGACUCAGACACUCCGGAGACCAUCAAGGUGGAGAUAGACACAGACCAGCAGGAGGAGUUUGUGAGUCACCCGCUGGUGUGCUGCGUGGAGGGCUGUGAGACAAGCUCUGACGCAGACACCACCACCACCUUCUACGCUGUCCCAAAGGGAAGGGAAAGGUCAUUAUGGGCUGAAACGCUUGACAUUGUACCUUGUGUUGAAGGUGAUUCAAGGCAACAUGUUUGCAGUAAACACUUCAUCACUCCCACCAAACUGCUGAGUGGGAAGGGAAGAACAAGAAAAAAGAAGACAUGUGACAUGUUGGUUGCAGAGGAAGCAGAGAAAAUUAGACAAGGACUGUCUUCUGGCAGGCCUAAGAGAACUCCAAAACCUAACAAGAACUAUGACUGGGCUGAAAUAGUUCCGUUGAUCAAGGCGGAACCUGAUGACCUGGAGAGUGAGCUGUACCUGAGCACCACCUUGGAGAAAACAGGAGGCACUGCAGCAACUCCCAGGAAGCAUUUGUUGUCCUCUUUUAAGGAAGACAAAGAAAACAAAAAGCCUUCUUCAGACACUGAGAGAGAGAAUCUGAAGAUGGAUGAUGAGGAAGAGGAAGAUGAAGAGGAGGAGGAAGAGGAUGACUUGGAGAACAUCAGUCUACCCAGUCACCCCCGUCCUCCUCCGCCCAAACCUAAAGGCCGUCCACACAGGAUAAGAGACUCCGGCACCCAGACAGAAAGUGCGUAUAGGACGCCCGGACCACGGCAACCACUGCGGGAGGUGAAGGUGCAGUGCAACAUCAACUCUGAGGCUCCUAGUCCCUGCACCAGCUGCUCCUAUGUCAACUGGCUGAGGCUGGAGGAGCUCUUGGUAGACUGUGCUACCAAGAUGGAGGGUGGAUUGUGUGUACCAGAAGUGCAGGAGUGCCUGAGGAAGGUGGUGGACAGUGUGCCUCACCCGACGCACGCCACCAACGUGCUGAAGCUGCUCAGCGGGGACGACAGGGACGCACUGGAGAACACCAGUGAUAUUAUUCUUGUACCGAGCCAAGAGGACGAGGUUGAAGUUGAGAAUGUUAUACACACAACUGUGGAGGAGCCAAUCACAGGGGUGAGGGAAAUCACACCAAAGACGUGGCAGAAGAAGGCCAAGUGGAAAAAAGCCCUGAUACCUGUAAAUUAUGUCAAUAAGGAGGAGGAAGAGGAAGACAUGGAUGGCCUUGGGAUCCAGGAAGCCACUGAGAUGGAUGAUGAUGAGUUCCAGCCUAGCUAUCUUGAAGGGGAAGAAACGGAGGAGGAUGAGCAAGGCCUGGAUGAUGAGGACUGGACUAUGAAUAAAUCAGAUAGAGACUCCAGAUCUGCUACCAAAAAGAAACCAAAGAAGACCCCACCGCAGCCCAAAGUUAAGAAAGAACAGAUGGUGUCGGCUGGAGAGGGGGCCGGGGCAGGUGAGGACGGCAGCACCGUGGCUGAGGACGACUCCACCACCCCUAAAGUGCCGGACACUUCACAAGGACGGCGGCGGCGCAAGGAAGGUGACACUCGCUGGAUCAGGAAGACUCACUCCUGCAAUAUCUGUGGCUUAGUGUUCAGCACUCAAAAGAAAUUUGAUCAACACUUCAAACACAUGCACCUUGGCAUUGCCCCUUGGCAUGGGGAGCACACCUGUGAUGACUGCGGCAAAGUGUUCACGCAAAAGAUAAGCCUCAACGUGCACCGCAUGUUCAAACAUGGGGCUCCACGGCGCUACCAGUGCUCCCAGUGUGUGUAUGAGGCGCCCACCAAGGAGUACCUCAAGCGCCACAUGAAGGUGCACACCAAUGAGCGGCAGUUUGUGUGUCCGCAUUGCCACAAGGGACUCAAGACGGCCGAGUCUUACCGCAACCACCUGGUCAUUCACACCAACAAGGGCCGCUUUGUCUGCCAAGUGUGCCAGAAGGCAUACAACCACAAGGGUGCCUACCAGGACCACAUACGCACUCACUGUGAAUUCCGGGACUAUGCCUGUGACUACUGUGGUGCAGCUUUCAAGGCUUACAAGCAUGUGGCGCGACAUAUCAGGGCCGUCCAUCUCAACGACAAGCGGUUUAUUUGUGACGUGUGUGGUGCCCAGCACAUGACGGGCUUUAAUCUCAAGGCUCAUGUGAAGAAGCAUGGGGACCUGUCCUCUCUCUCCUAUGCCUACCAGUGCACUAUGUGUGAGGCAAAGUUUCGGGGGCCUGAUGGCCGGGCUGUUCACAUGAAGGUUGUCCACACCACUCCUCCCACACCAGCCAACCCAAAGAACCCAGAAGCAGUGGAAGUUGGGAAUAAAGGGGAUGAGGGAGGAAGACUGGUGUCACCUCAUCCCACUCGUCGCCCAGUUCAAUUCCAUUACUCCAAACUUUCGAGAGAGGACAGGGUUCAUGGAGCUACAGGAAAUAGUGGGAGGGAGAGUGAGUCCUGGGGCACCAUCUACCUAGAUAACUCAGUUGAUUUCAGUCCAUUUGAUGGUAAAGAGGAUGAGGCAGUGGUGUAUGAAGUGUACAGUGGAGGAGAAGAGGAAGAGCUAGAGGAGCAGCUUGACAAAAUGAAGGAGGAAAAGUUUUUUGCCUCGCAGGAGGUGGGUGCCUCUACUGCAGGCAACAAUGACCGAGUGAUACAUGUCUAUCCUUGCAGUGCCUGUCACAUCAUGUUCACUUCAAGGACCGUGAUGGAGCAACACUACGAGACUUGUCAGCAGCGCCAAACAGUCAUUAAGGAGGAACCUGUUUCUGUUGAUCAAAUGAGCGAUUAAAUCUCUCUUCUUUUCGUGUGUGCUCAUAUACAAGACUCAGAACUAAAUAGGAAGGAUGGCUUCUGUAGUGUGACUCAACCAAGAUGGAUUGUCUUUAUUAACUUAUGUAUAUUUAUCAGGCUAACAUCACUAUCUUUAUUAACUUAUGUGUUACCAGGCUUAUAUCACCCUUGAAGGAAAGCAUCCAAGACAUGGAGUCAACACACUUUCACUUUCAUAAUAUGGAUGAAUAUGUAGAGACAAUUGAUAUUAUUGGUACAAUUCUACAGGCUUGAAAAUAAUGUUCCCUCAUGAUGCUCUACUGAUGGAAAAUGAAAAAAAAAAAAAAAAAAAAACAUAAAUAAAGGAUAUAUGCAGUAA